AUGGACGACAAUGAGAAAGACGUUGUCAUGGAUGGUGAGGACCACCGUAUGGCUGAUGGCUCUUCCGCCGCCAACCGGUUUCUAGAUCCAGCCAAGAAUGGGGAGGGCUCUUCACGAGAGACAUCCAACGGCCAGAGUGCAAAUGCUGCAGCGCAAGCCGAGGACCAGGAUUCUGACCCGACCGGCUACCCCGAGCGUUUACGGCGGCGAGGCCUACUCCCAACAGGGUGCUGCUACGAUGACCGGAUGAAGCUACAUGCCAAUGCGGACUUCGGUCCCAACCCCCAUCAUCCCGAGGACCCGUCCCGCAUCGAAUACAUUAUGAAGACGUUCAAGAAGCAUGGUCUGGUCUUCACGGGUUCCGAUGCCGACCUGAUACGCAUCAUUCAAUCCGAACCAACCAAGUACAUGUGGCGGAUUCCGGCUCGGGAAGCGACAAGGGAGGAAAUCUGCAUUGUUCACCAUCCGGAGCACUUUUUAUGGGUCGAGGCUCUGUCCAGGAUGACAACACAAGAGCUCCGUGAACUUUCGACUCGGAUGGACCAGGGCAGGGACUCGCUGUACGUCGGCAGCAUGACAUACGAGGCCUCGCUCAUCUCAGCCGGCGGCGCCAUUGAGACCUGCAAGAGCGUAGUUGUCGGUAAUGUCAAGAACGCCUUCGCAGUUAUCCGGCCGCCGGGCCACCACGCAGAGUACAAGGCGGCCAUGGGCUUCUGCCUGUUCAACAACGUCCCUAUUGCGGCGAAGAUCUGCCAGGCCGACUAUCCCGAGCUGUGCCGCAAGAUCCUCAUCCUGGACUGGGACGUCCACCACGGCAACGGCAUACAAAACAUGUUUUACGACGACCCCAACAUCCUCUACAUCUCGCUCCACGUCUACCGCAACGGCGAGUUCUACCCGGGAAAACCCGACAGUCCAUUUACUCCUGACGGCGGGAUUGAGCACUGCGGCGCGGGGCCUGGCCUGGGCAAGAACGUCAACAUCGGCUGGCAUGACCAAGGGAUGGGCGACGGCGAGUACAUGGCAGCGUUCCAGAAGAUCGUCAUGCCCAUCGCCCACGAGUUCAACCCGGACCUGGUCAUCAUCUCGGCGGGGUUCGACGCCGCCGCGGGCGACGAACUGGGCGGGUGCUUCGUCACGCCCGCCUGCUACGCCCACAUGACCCACAUGCUCAUGUCGCUCGCCGGCGGUAAGGUGGCCGUGUGUCUGGAGGGCGGGUACGACCUCGAGGCCAUCUCCAAGUCGGCGCUGGCGGUCGCCCAGACGCUGAUGGGCGAGCCGCCCCCGAAGAUGGAGAUUCCCCGCAUCAGCAGAGAGGCGGCCAAGGUGCUCGCCAAGGUACAGGCGUACCAGGCGCCGUACUGGGAGUGCAUGCGCCCUGGGAUAGUGGACGUGCAGGACAUGCAGGCGCAGGAGUCGUCGCGUCUACACGACGUCGUGCGCCGCGCACAGCGACAGGUCCUGUCCGAGAAGCACGGUAUGCUUUCGCUGUACAUCCAGCGGCCCACGCUCUUCAAAUCGUUCGAGAACCAGGUGCUGGUUACCAGGGGGAUUCAGAACGCCCGGAAAAUUUUGUUGAUCGUGCAUGACCCACCGGAAUUGCAUGCGCAGCCCGACCCGUUAGACAACUCGAUAGAACCCCACAAUGCCUGGGUGACGGAUGGCGUCACGCGGUAUAUUGACUGGGCCGUUGAGAAGGGCUUCGGGGUCAUCGACGUAAACGUCCCUCAUUAUAUUACGCACCCGGAGGACACUGACGCCUUCACCCCGCGAGCCGACGAGCGUACGCUGCAAGCCCAGGUCCAAGAACUAAUGUGCUAUCUCUGGGACAACUACCUGCAGCUCUACGAAUCGGCCGAGGACAUCUUCCUCAUGGGCGUAGGCAACGCCUACCUGGGCAUCAAGGUCCUGCUCAUCAACCGACUCGACGUCAGAACGCGCGUGUCAGGCGUCGUCAACUUCGUCAACGGCAGCCUGCGGCCCGUCAAGUCGGACGCCGACGCCGACCUCUCGUCGUGGUACAAGGAGCACUCGCAGGUCUACGUCGCCAACGACCACGCCUGCUGGUCCGACCCGGACCUGACGCGCAAAGUCAUGAAGCGCCGUUUUGGCAACGUCAUCCGCGCCCCUGUCAACGGGCUCACGCCCAUGAUGGCCGAGCACUUUGCCGACGUGCAGCGAUUUAUCCUGGAGAGGCUGGGCGAGGGCGAGGGCGAGGGCGAGGAGGGGAUGGGUUGUGGGGGCGGGGGUAGCUAA